AUGAAGGAUGCUGUUGGAUUUCCUUACCAGAGUCUUAGGAUCACUGGUGAAAUGGGCGAGCAGCUGUGUAAGGCAAGGCCAAGGAGAAAAAGAAGGCUGGAAGAGGAUCAGAGAAAAGGACGAUUUGGCCACCACGCGGCAAAGGGCAAGGAGGUGGGGACUAAGAAGCCCUCCUCGUCCAGGCCCCAGCAGCGGCCAUCCUGGCUCCCUUAUGUGGGCAUCUCAUCCAGUCCCGCAGCCUCACCGGGCACUGCUCAGGGGCAGCUGAAAAUCCCAGUCGGUCGAAGAAGACGCUGCCGAGGGCGGGCUCCCACACUGCAGGCGAUAAAGCACUCAUUCCUCGGGAGCAGCUGGGCAACACAGGAGGCGGCCUCGAAUCAGACGUCCCCAGUGUGCGGUACAAAUGGGAGCACCCGGGGUCCAGGCAGAAGAGGUCAGCAGCGCCAAGAGCCCAGCCCUGGGAACCACAGCAUUUUCCUUCGGAUGUCUUUUCUCAGGGAUGGUGAAACUGAGACCCAGAGAAGUGAAGCUGUUACAGGACAGAGGUCCAAGAAAGACAGUUUUGAUGACCAGCCCGGCAGCCAUCUGGGGCCAAAAGUGACUUUGAGGAAGAAUCCACAAGCUGAGAAGAACACGGUGGUGCAGAAGAACCUGCUCUCAGGUGACAAUGGAGCCCCCACCCCGGUCUUGAACUUCCUGCCUCCAACCUUCUUUUAGGUGAAAGAGAGCGGGAGGGGGAAGACCUUUCGAAU